ACUCGCACUACAUAGUCAUGUACAUAACAGUGUUUAUACAAGCAUUCGUGUUGUUGUUGGCGUUCGCGUGCUAUUGGGUGCUCAAGCCGAAUGUUAAGAAGCCCCCAGCAUUCCCGGGCGCUUUGCCCAUAAUUGGGCAUGCUCAUUUGUUGGUUGGGGAUACAGCACAUUUGUGGCAGUUUGUGAAAUGCAUGCAACAACAUAAUCUAGACAAUGGCGGAGUGACGUACAUAAAGAUAGGCACAAAAACAUAUUACGCGCUAAGCGAUCCAGAAGACUGCACAAAAGUGGCGAGCGUUUGCUUCGAGAAGAGCUUCUUCUACCGCAACAUCGUCAGCUCUUGGGUCGGGCAGGGACUGGUGACUGCAUCAGUUCCCACAUGGAAGGUCCACCGCAAGAUGCUGAAUCCAGUCUUCAAGCAGCAAGUCCUGGAGAGCUUCCUGGGUAUAAUAAACAGCCAUGGAAAGAUCUUGGUAGAGAAUAUGGCAGCUGAGGUGGGGAAGACUCCGUUUGAUCCUGUGCCUUAUUUGGACAAAGCCAUUCUUGAGGCCAGUUUCCGUAUCGCGUUUGGUGCUGCUAGAAACGAUAAAGAGAUCAAAAUGGAUUCUUACAUCCAGGCUUUCAAGGAGGUGACCAACAUCCUAAUCCAGAGGUUUCAGCACGUUUGGAUGCACAGCCGAUUCAUUUACAGCUUCUCCAAUCUGAAGAAGAAGCAGGAUAAGGCUAUUAAGACCACUUGCGAUGUGUCUUUUGAGAUAAUUAAGAAGAAAAAAUCAGAAAGUGAAAUUACUCCAAAGAUAUCUCCAAAUUCCAAAACUGAUAACAAUAAAGUUAAGGGCUUACUGGAUGUAAUCUUAGACGUCACUAAAGGAGGUUUGACAGUUGAAGAAAUAAGAGAAGAACUGGACACGAUGAUAUUUGCUGGGUACGACACUGUGGCCACCACUCUAAUUUAUGUAUUGGUGGUGCUAGGAUCGUACCCUGAUAUUCAAGAACGGACCUUUCUUGAAUUGCAGGAAGUUCUCAAGAUUAAAGACAAUGAUAUUGAUAAGGAAGACCUACAGAAGUUGGUGUAUUUGGAGGCAGUGAUAAAGGAGACCUUACGAAUCUUUCCUAUUGCUCCUAUCAUCAUCAGGGAAUUGGAUAAAGAUGUUCAGUUAGAAAACUACACACUACAAUCUGGAAGCGAGUGCAUCAUGCUGAUCUACGCGACUUGCCGUCACCCCGUGUGGGGCGAAGACCGGCAUGAGUUCAAGCCUGAACGGUGGCUGGACCCUUCUAAACUUCCUGAGAAUCCUAAUAGUUUCGCUACUUUUGGAGUCGGGAGGCGAUCUUGUAUAGGUAAAGCUUAUGCCCUGAUGUCACUGAAAACCAUACUCAGCCAUAUAGUCCGCCACUACAAAAUAAAGGGGGACUACACCAAGCUGGAUAUGAAGAUGGAAAUACUGACGAAACCUAUAGCUGGACACCACAUCACGUUAGAACAUAGGAUUUGCAGGGUUUUUGAAAUGUACAUUUUAUUGUUUGUGGUAGUGUUAUGUGGUGUGUGGGUAAUUUCCCGAAGAAAAGGUUUUAAGGGUAAUCUACCCCCGACUUACCCUGGAUGUUUGCCGAUCAUCGGUCACGCGCAUUUGUUGGUGGGAAAUGGAAAACGGUUAUGGAAUCUGCUUGAAGAUAUACAAAGGGAAUGCCUGAAGAAUGAUGGCGUUAUGCAUUUCAAAAUAGGACCCAUGUCAUACUACGCGAUCUGCGACCCCGAAGACUAUUUCACGGUGAUGGGUGCUUGUUUGGAAAAAAACUACUUUUAUCGGAAACUCUUGAGUGUCUGGGUGGGUGAUGGACUAGUCACUGCUCCAGUGACGGUUUGGAAGAAACAUCAGAAGCUGCUGUAUCCAGCUUUUGGCCAGCAGGUGGUGGAUGGUUUCAUUGGGGUCUUCAACAGCCAAGCACGGACCCUCGUCAACAACCUGGCAAGGCUUACAAACAUGGGGCCUUUUGAACAUUUGGAAUAUAUCGGGCGGGUUGCUUUAGAGGCGAAUUUAUUAACCGCAUUCGGUUUAGAGCUAAACGAAAAAAACAUCGAAAAAAUGGAGGUUUACAUGAGAUGUUUUGAUGAUAUCCGGAGAAUUAUGAUCCAAAGGAUCCAAAAUGUUUGGAUGCAUAACAAUUUUGUAUACGGUUGGACUGAACUCAAGAAACGUCAGGAAAAAGCUUUGAAGACGCUUCAAACGAUGAAUGAUGAGAUAAUACAGCAAAAAAGAAGAGCAAUGAAAGAUAGACUUGGUGCUGGGCAAACAAAUAAAGUUGGUAAAAGAUUCAAAGGCUUCAUGGACCUAGUUUUGGAGCUGGUAGAAGAAGGGGUUCUCACCGAUCAGGAGAUCAGGGGCGAAGUGGAUACGAUGGUGCUGGCCGGAUAUGACACAUCGUCCACUACGGCGGCAUAUACGUGUGUUCUGCUGGGAUCCUAUCCUGAUGUCCAAGAGAAGGUGUAUGCUGAGUUGGAAGAGGUAUUCGGAAACUCAGAUAUAGACGUGGAGAAGCACGAUUUAUCUAAACUGGUCUACCUGGAUGCCGUCCUGAAAGAAGUGGGCAGACUGUACCCGGUCACACCAAUUAUACUGAGAUAUGUGGACAAGGACGUCAAACUUAGAAACUACACCAUGCCGGAGGGUAGCAACUGCGCUAUAUUCCUAAGCGGAGUCAGCCGACNUACGAUGCGCUUUCCGAAUUUCCAUUAA